CCGAGCCUCCACCUCCGAUUACCGGUCUGACUCUGUCUCUCCAUUGCGCAGCAGGUCGCUCUCUUCGGGCAGAAUCAGCAGCGAGGUCCCCCUCCUCUGGACCGAGCCGAACCGAGCCGAACUGAGCCGAAACCCGGAGAGGAGCGCAUCAAGAGCCGAGCCGAGCCGAGUGACCCGAGUCCGCCCGAGUCAGACCGAGCCCUUCAGGGAGUCCUGACCCGGGAGUCAGCUCGCUCAGCGGGGGCUCGGCAGCAGAGUGUCCGUCUGAUGGAGCCUCCGGGCGGCUGCAGGAGCAGCUUUGUGCCGCUACCGCUGCUGGUUCUCCUGCUGUGGGGCUCCACAGCUCCGGGACACGCCGAAAGGGUUUGUCACUGCAGCGGAAAGUCUCUCUGCCACUGUGACGGCAUCAAAGGCCAAAAGGGGGAACCUGGUUACCUCAGAUACGCGGGACUUCCUGGUGUGAUUGGUUACCCUGGAAACGAGGGUAAUCCAGGUCCAGCUGGAGAAAAGGGUGAUCGGGGAGCAGCCGGAGGUUCAGGACUGAAAGGUUCUCGGGGUAUUCCAGGAAAACCAGGUUUCCCAGGACCUCCAGGACUGCCGGGAAUUCCCGGACAUGAAGGACCAAUCGGCCGACCGGGAGUCCCAGGAUGCAACGGGACAAAGGGUGACGUUGGUUUCCCAGGGUACCCCGGGCCUCCAGGACCACCUGGCCUGCAGGGCCCUGAAGGACUACGAGGGAUGAAGGGCGACACGUUCAGUUUCCCCAUCGCUCAGGACGUUAAAGGAGCAGCAGGACCCCCGGGACUGUACGGAGAAAAGGGGCUGAAUGGAGAUCCAGGAGAACCGGGUCUCCAAGGAUCACCGGGACCGGCCGGACUUCCUGGAAGCCCAGGGUUGCCGGGGUUACCAGGAGAGAAGGGUCAGGAAGGUCCCAGUCCGGUGAUUCCAGGUCCACGGGGUCAGAAGGGCAUUCAAGGACCUCCUGGGAUUCCCGGCCAGAAAGGAAUCAAACUUUAUGCCGAGGGAUCCAAAGAACUGAAGGGAGAACCGGGAGAAACCGGAGAAAAAGGCUGUCCAGGACUUCCUGGUUUGCCGGGUAAACCGGGGAUUAAAGGGGAGAAGGGGGGCAGAGGAGAUCCAGGUUCACUGGGUAAACCAGGAAAAGAGGGAUUCCCUGGAGAGCUCGGAGAACAGGGAGACCCCGGAGAUCGUGGGUUCCUCGGUCCUCCGGGUAUCGAUGGGUCCCCGGGUGAGAAAGGUGAUCAAGGUCCUCCAGGUCUUCCAGGAGAGAUGGUUUGGAAACACAGAUUCCUGAAGGGCCAGCUUGGUGUUCCUGGACCCGGAGGACCCCCGGGAGUCCCUGGAGAGCAAGGACUCAUCGGGUUUCCUGGACUGCAGGGCGAACCAGGUGUGGGUCUUCCUGGUCCACCAGGCCCCCAGGGGCCUCCUGGUUUUUCUGGCCCCAGAGGAGAUUCAGGAGACCCGGGGCCAUUGGUUGUCGGCCCCCCAGGACAGACUGGAGUCCCAGGAUUUGAUGGAGCUGAAGGAGAACCAGGAGAACCAGGAAUACCCAAUUUUGUGGAGGGUGAAGUUGGUCCAACAGGAGCUAAAGGUCUGAAAGGCCUGAUGGGAUUUCCUGGAACCAGAGGGGAGGAGGGACCAACGGGUGAGAAGGGGGAGGUGUGUUUGACCUGUCCUCUGGUUUCUGGAGAACCCGGACCUCCAGGUGAUCCAGGAGCACCAGGUGAAAACGGGUUGACAGGAUCAGAUGGUUAUCCAGGAUUUAAAGGCCAGAAAGGAGUCAAAGGUAUUGGAGGUCCAACUGGUCUGUCGGGUGCCUUUGGUAUCCCCGGCCUCCCAGGAUCCCCAGGACCAGCUGGUGAGCCUGGUAUAAUGCAACGGGUCGGGCAGAAGGGUGAGGACGGAGCUUCGGGGGAACCAGGACCACAAGGACUGGACGGGCUAGAUGGACGUCCAGGAGUACCAGGACCAAAGGGUGUUCUUGGACCGAAAGGAGACCCGGGGCCUCUGGGGCCCAAAGGGGACCAGGGUCCACUGGGAGACACUGGCCCCCGAGGACUGACGGGACAGAUGGGGCCCUCGGGACCUCCUGGUAUCGGGGCUCCAGGACUCCCUGGACCUAGAGGCAACGUGGGAAUCCUGGGAGAACCAGGAGAACCUGGAGCCCCAGGUGAAAAAGGUUCUCCAGGGGAAAUCAGAACCUCUCCAGGUGAUCCAGGCCAGAAAGGAGACACUGGUUUAUCUGGAAACCCCGGACCUGAAGGUGUGACCGGACCUCCAGGACCUUCAGGAUUUAUUGGUCCAAAGGGAGAAAAAGGAGAUAAAGGGUUUUCUGUCCAGGGCCCUCCAGGCUUCCCGGGAGUCAAAGGACCAAAGGGUCUGCCUGGAGCUCCGGGUUUACCAAGUUUUGGCAUCAAGGGUCGAGCAGGACCAUCAGGUCCACCAGGGAUGCCUGGACCAAAGGGGCAUAGAGGAUUCGGUUUCCCAGGCCAGCAGGGUCAGACUGGCCCUCAGGGUGAAGACGGCUCGGUGGGACCACAAGGAAACCCAGGACCUCCAGGAAUAGACGGAGUACCAGGACUGCCAGGACAAGAUGGUCUGCCAGGACUUAAAGGUCAUCGCGGUCUGGAUGGGGUUACUGGUCCUGCUGGUUUCAUUGGAACCUGUGUACCUGGAGAUCCUGGACCUGAAGGAGAACCAGGCGUGAGGGGCGUCAUCGGAUUCCCAGGGAUCCGAGGCCUAAAGGGUGAGCCCGGGUACCCUGGACUGCCGGGCGUUGGGGCUCUGGGCCCUCAGGGGCCAUACGGGAACCCAGGGUUUGAUGGAGCUCCAGGGCCAGUAGGAGGUGUGGGACCGAAGGGUCUGAGAGGGACCGAUGGGGAGCCAGGAAGCCCAGGAGUCAGAGGGGACCAAGGCCCCCCAGGUCCAUUUGGGAGUCCAGGGGCUGAUGGGAACCCAGGGGAGUCCGGACAACCAGGACCGAAAGGUCUCAUGGGGGUCAAUGGGUUCAGAGGUUCUCAGGGGCCGACUGGCCUGCAGGGGGACCGAGGAGUACCCGGACCGAAAGGAACCCAGACAGAUGUCAUGAUGCCCGGAGAUCCUGGAGACCCGGGAUUCCCUGGUGCUAAAGGUCUCACUGGUCCUAAAGGAGAGAGGGGCCUUGCGGGGCUCCGGGGCCGCGACGGCAGCGAUGGUAAACCUGGAAACGCCGGACCACGAGGACUUCCUGGACACCCCGGUAGAGAUGGAGCGAGAGGUCCUCCUGGUCCCGCUGGACUCCCCGGCAACCCUGGACCAAUGGGGAUGCCAGGCUGUAAAGGUGAAAAAGGCUGUUUCGGACCUUGUGGGAUUCCUGGUUCAAAAGGUAAACCAGGACCAGAGGGGCCUAAAGGUCCUAAAGGAGAACCGAGCCCACCUGGACCAGGAUCUAAGGGAUGUCCAGGAAUGAAGGGUAGCCCAGGUUGUCCAGGAAUUCCGGGUACAAAGGGACAUCCAGGACACUGUGGAGACCUCGGUCCUCCAGGAAAGUGUGGCCCCUGUGGCCCCAAAGGACCCUCUGGACCCCCAGGAUGCAGAGGACCUCCGGGGACUCCUGGUGAUAAAGGUUGUGAUGGUCCUCCAGGUAAAAGCGGACCUCCAGGACCCACCGGCCUUACAGGCAACAAGGGCGCUCCUGGAGAUCCUGGUCCAGCUGGUCCCAGAGGAAACCAGGGACAGGACGGGAUACCUGGACCUCCUGGAGAGAAAGGAGCUAUGGGAGCUCCUGGAACUGGACCUCGAGGACCAGAAGGGAAGAAAGGUCAACCAGGGUGUUCUGGAGAAAAGGGUCCCCCUGGUCCCUGUGGGCCUCCGGGUCCAUGUGGUCUCCCAGGGAACCCAGGAUGCUCCGGGCCUCCUGGACCUCCUGGUCCUGCUGGAUGUCCCGGCAAAGACGGGGUCUGCAUCAAAGGAACCAAAGGAGACAGAGGAGUUCCUGGAGGGAGAGGAACCAAAGGUCCUCCUGGUAGUUUUGGUCCUCCUGGUCCUCCUGGUCCAGGCUGUAAAGGAGAUAAAGGAUGUCAAGGACCAAAAGGUAACCCAGGACCACCUGGUUGCGUCGGAGACCCCGGACACCGAGGCUGUGUGGGCAGAGAUGGAAUACCGGGUCCACCUGGACAGAAAGGCCUGAGAGGACCGCUCGGUACCAAAGGACCUUCUGGUCUGAAGGGGGACGAGGGACCUCCGGGACCCUGCGGCCCUCGGGGAUCCCCGGGACCACCUGGAAGGACAGGACCGCGAGGGAGGGACGUGACCCGGAAGGUGGAGCUGUGUCCAGGAGAGAAAGGCUCACCUGGAGAUCCGGGACCGCCAGGACGAAGAGGACCACCAGGGGGCGCAGGGGCACCUGGACCUAAAGGUUCUCGAGGCUUCGAUGGUAAAACUGGUAGAAAAGGACAACGAGGUCGACCUGGACUGAAAGGAGAUAAAGGAGACCGAGGAUUCCCCGGACCGAUUGGUCGGGAAGGUUUUCGUGGUCCAACCGGAGCUAAAGGACUUCCUGGUCAGCCAGGCAGCUGCGAGACGCCAACCAGGAAGACCGGCUUCCUGUUCACCAAACACAGCCAGGAACUGUACAUCCCACAAUGCCCCGAAGGAUCGUCGCUCCUAUACAGCGGCUACUCGCUGCUGUUCAUCAACGGGAACAACCGAGCUCAUGGCCAGGACCUCGGUACGUUGGGCAGCUGCCUCCCUCGGUUCAGCACUAUGCCCUUCCUGUUCUGCAGCACCGAUGAAACCUGCCGCUACGCCUCCCGCAACGACUACUCCUAUUGGCUGUCCACCAACGACCAGCUGCCCGCUGACCUGCCAUUCAUCUCCGAAGAGUCGCUGAGGAACCACAUCAGCCGGUGUUCUGUUUGUGAAGCCAGAGCCAACGUGAUCGCUAUCCACAGUCAGACCAGAUUUAUCCCAGACUGUCCCUCUGGAUGGGACUCGCUCUGGUCUGGAUUCUCCUUCGUCAUGGAAACCGGAGUCGGGGCUGAAGGUUCAGGUCAACCGCUGGCAUCGCCCGGAUCCUGUCUGGAAAACUUCCGGAAGAUUCCCUUCAUCGAGUGUCAUGGCAGAGGAACCUGCAACUACUACACCGACUCCUACAGCUACUGGCUGGCGGCCCUCAACCCCGCCGACAUGUUCAGCAAACCGAGGCCUCAGACUGACCGAGGAAACCUUCCAGGAGACCUGAUCAGCCACUGUAGAGUCUGCAUGAAGCUGCUGUAAAUACUGCUACUGCAAACACGACUGAUGACCGUGUGUUACUGCCAGACACAGACUCUGUGGCUCUGUCCCGGCCGUACUACAUUACCCAUGAGCCUCGGCUGCUGUUGCCGUGGAGAAGAAGCCGGACGGUGAACUGAUCUAAACAGUUUCUAAUCUAAUUUCUGUGACGAGCCGAAGCUAAAGAUUCCACUUUGUGGAGACGUCAAAGUGAGAAACGCUGUGAUUGGUUGUUUGCUAGUGACACGCCCCUUUAAUGGUGGAAUUAACUUCUGUUUAAAAACUCUCUCUGGUUCUGUUGUGUCUCUUUGUGGUUGUUUUGUGCGUUUUUGUGAUCAUUUUGUGUUUUUUGUUGCUGUUUUUGUCUCUUUGUGGUUGUUUUGUGUCUUUUUGUGAUGGAUUUGUCUCUUUGUGGUUGUUUUGUGUUUUUUUGUUGGUGUUUUUGUCUCUGUGGAUGUUUUGUAUGUUUUCGUUGUUGUUUUGCAUCUUUGUGGUUGUGUUUUUGUCUGUUGGGGGUUUUGGAGGUUGUGUUUUUGUCUGUCUUUGUCACCAUUUUGUGCCUUUUUGUGUGUCUCCUUGUGGUUUUUUGAGUGUUUUUGGGGUCAAUUUAUGUUGUUUUCUUGUUGUUUUGUGUCUUUGUGGUUGUUUUUUGUCUCUUUGCGGUUGUUUUGCAUUGUUUUGUUGUUGUUUUGACUCUGUGGUUAUUUUUUGUCUGUCGGUAGAUGUUUUGCAUCUCUUUUCAGUUGCUUUCUGUCUCUUUGUAGUUUUGUGCAUUUCUGUGGUCGUUUUGUGUAUUAUUGUUGUUGUUUUGCAUCUUUCUGGUUGUUUUUUGUUAGUUUGUAGUUCUUUUGGGUCUCUUUGUGGUUGUUUUGUGUGUUUUUCUGGUCAUAUUGUGUUUUUUGUUGGUGUUUUUGUCUCGUCUCAUUGUAGUUGUUUUGUGUCUCUGUUUUUGUUUUGUGUUUUUGUGGUUGUUUUUUUUGUCUCCUUGUGGUUAUUUGUUGUCUGUUGUUGGAUGUUUUGUGUCUUUUUUCAGUUGCUUUCUGUCUCUGAAGUUUUUUGUGUCUUUUUGUAGUCGUUGUGUGUCUCUGGUUGUUCUUUGUCUCCUUAAUGUUAUUUUUUGUUGGUUGGCGGUUGUUUUGUGUCUCUCUUUAGUUACUUUCUGUCUCUGUAGGUUUUUUGUGUCUUUUUGUGGUUGUUUUGAAAUCUGUUUGUUGUUGUUUUGUGUCUUUCUGGAUGUUUUUUGUCUGCUUGUACUUUUGUGUCUCUUUUUAGUUGCUUUCUGUCUCUUUGUGGCCAUUUUUUGUGUUUUUGUUGUUGUUUUGCGUCUCUUUGUCAUUUUCUGUAUCUUUGCAUUCAUUCUGCCUCUUCGUGGUCUUUUUAACUUCCUUCAUCGUCAUUUUGUGCGUCUCUUUGUGGUUCUUUUGCGUGUCUUUGUCAUUUCUGAAUAACACAAAGUUGCCUUUAUGAAAGAAAAGAACUUGAUUCUUGGCUCUGUGACAUUGAGGCCAUAAGUUUUUGGACGGUGAUGCGGUUUUCGUAGAUUAAAUCUAAUGUUAGUGUGUCCGGUUACUUUUGAUCGUGUGAAACAAAUGGCUGUAAAUCCGACAUGUUUAAUGCAAUAUUUAAGUGAAACCUCUUGAAAUAAAGCUGAAAGUCACACCCAGAUUGCUUCCCUUCACGCACACCACUUCGCUGUCCAGAUACUUUUGGCCGACUGUACCUGCAGUGACUAAUGAUGGUGUUUAGUUUGCAGCUAAUAACUUCUCUCAGGAUGUCUGCAGGAUGUUCUGCGCUGUAAUAAGUUUCUCAUGUGAACGCCGAGAUCAGAUUAUUCUCCGAUUAAUGUCCCUCAGUGGGGGAAAACUAAAUGAAAGCAGCAGGACCACAGUUUGAUUCAUUAAAUCUCAUCAUCCAA